AUGCUAGGCUUCCGCCUCCGGAAAUUGUUCUGGACGACAAUCCUUCUUCUGCUCCUGUACUUUGUAGUCUUCGGAUGUCGUUCGGCCACGCCCUCUCUGAACGCCGUGGUGCAAGUGGCAUGUGCACAUUUGAACAGACUGGUUUAUCCGUUGUGGGAUACCCUUACGCCAAAAGUGGCUGCUUUUGAUGAAAUGAUCGGCUUGUCGAAGUCUGUUGCUCCAUAUGUGGAUGUUGCCGUAGAGAAAGUGCGGCUGGUGGAUCAAUCGUACCACUUGUCUGAGUAUACGGUGAAAGCAGCUCAUUCUGUACAUGUGGCUGCCACCCGUUCGAUGAAAUUCGUAGUGAAGGCACAGAAGUCGGUUUCUGCCUUUUAUUUUUACAAAUUACACCCCUCGGUGUGCUACUACGGGGGCAAGUAUAAGUUGGCCUUGGAGUAUGCGGUAGAGAAGGUGUGGACUGUGACUCGUUCUCAGACAUUGUACGCGGCCCGGAAAUUCCACAUUUGGUCCCGUUAUUUUUACUUUACGCGAGUUGCUCCGUUCAUCUCAUGGGUCGUUGACUCCAUUUCUGAGAACGAGCACUUCAUCCUGGUCUGUAAGAAGUUGCACCUCGACUGGGCUGCCUCCGAGCUUGCUCGUCUUUUCCACAAACUUAAACUCAAGUCUGUCGUGAUCAAUACUGCCAUCCAGGAGAAAACUGAAUUUCUCCGUGGCGAGUUCGGCGCUUUGCACAAGUUUAACGACUUCAGAAAGAGCUUCCAACUCAACACAAAGAAAAAUUUUCAGAUGGUCAUGGAUCUCACACAAGAUCUCGCUGGAGUACACAAGCAACCUACGCCUGAAGAGACUGUUGUAGAAGAGGAAUCUCUGGGUGAAUCAUCGGAUGAGGAGGAUGUUACGGUCACCCUCACCAAGACUUUGACCGAGUUCAAGACUCUGCAAAUGACUUCCUUAGCAACAUCCCAAGAAACUCCAGUAUCUUCCUCUACUCCUCUGCAAAUGACCAGCUCAGCAACAUCCCAAGAAACUUUGGUAUCUUCCCCUGCUUCAAGCGCCGUCAAUUCGACUGACACUAACAUUUCUGUAGCGGGUGAUGAUAUUGUAUCAUUUGAUAAUGACAUUCAAGGGCAGGUCAACUAUGAGCUUAGCCACUGGGAGGACAAAAUCAACUCGACUUUGGAGUUGGCAGAAGCAAGCCUCGUUGCUGACUUUGCUCCAUACUUGCAACGCAGAAUUUCGGAAAUCAAAGAGGCUUUCUCCGCCAACUUCACCAACUUGCAAACGGAUAAUUACUUGCGCUACAAGGUCAUGAAUGAGCUUAUCGCGGCAAUCGACAAAGAUUCAGAGUACAUCCGCACGCACCAAACUAUCAUUGCCGAACCAAAGGUUGAUAGACAGAUCAUGAGAGACAAAAUUCAAGAAGCUCGUGAUAUUGUCGAGGAGCAAAUGGACAUUGCAGACGCAGAGCUCAGUAAAGCUCAUACUGAAAUUCUUACGGCUUACUUUGAGGUCGCUCAAAAUACCGUCGACGUCUUGGAAUCUUUUGCCGAGACAACAAUUCUGGACUUUUCUAACCGUUUGAAGAUCGUCAUUGAUUAUGUGUCACAAAAGCCAGGCUACGAUGAUAAGAUUUCUUGGUCUGCGUGGAAAAAAUUCCAUCAGAUUAAAGAAUCCAUUUUCCAGAUUCGCGACAAGAUUUUUGAUGAAGCCAUUGCUUACAAGGAAAAUCCCCAAGCACAGCAGAAGCCCAAAGCCUUGCUUGAAUGGGACGAAUACCUCCGGAACAUAAACUUCCAUAUCGGUUUCCUCGCAAGAGAUAAUGAUGAAUACUUAAGAUUAGUUCGUGCUCAAGCAAAUGUGGCAUAUCAGCAGAGGGAAGGCCUCACGUAUGAAUUAGAAGAGGCCCAAAAAAAGGCCGAAGAAGAUGCUCUUUUGGCACAACAGUUGGCCGAAGAACAAGCUCAGUUGGAGAAGGAAGCUGCUGAACAAGCUGAGUUGGCUCAAAAAGAAGCUGCUGAACAAGCUCGGUUGGAUCAAAAAGAAGCUGCUGAACAAGCUCGGUUGGCUCAACAAAUAGCCAAGGAAAAAUCUGAACAAAACUACCAAUCCGAGAGUAAUGUUGAUGUUUCAGAGGCUACUCAAGUUGGAGAGCAUCUGACCACCAUUUCCAGUCCAACAAGUUCGCAAAGCAUCAUCUCUGAUGAAGUCACAACAAUUGCUACCGUACCAGCGCCAAGUGACUCAAUCGUUGGUACCAAAACUCAUGCAGAAAGUCCAGCAUUGUCGCUUUCUGUUGAGUUCAGUCUGACCUCAACAAAUCUGAGUGCAUCUGAUAGCGAAAGCGUACAAUCAUCAGUAGCUCAAGAAUCAAGUCUCUUGGCUGAGUCAUCAUCUGUUGUUGAUUUAACUACAAAUAGCACCAUUUCUACGAGCACCAUCUCUACGAGCACCAUCUCUACAAGCACCAUAAUUGCCUCCAACGCUUCGGCUCAUACCGAAAGUCAGAUUCCUGCUUCUUCUAAAGAGGACGAUAACCUGAAUUUGGAAAAAGUGUACGAGCCAUCGGAAUUGGAUGAAGACUUCGAGUCAGAGGACCUCGAAGCCUGA